GUGUGUGUGUGCGUGUGUGCGUGUGUGUGUGUUCGUGUGCGUGUGAGAGCCCGAGAUGCGGGGAUAGACAGGGGGGAGUCAAGGAGGAGGCUGCGUGUAAAAGUGGGAGGAGCCAGUAGACGUGGAAACCAGGACAGGUGGCAACAGGUGAGCAGAACAGAAGUCAGACGCGUUUCACCGGGAGAGAGAAGGGUCCCCCGGGAAUACGGUUACCGUCUGACAUGACAGACGACAGCGGAACCUAGGAGCCAUUUUAUAACUUCGUUCCGGAGCGGAAAGCGACAACAGUGUUUGGGGAACAACAGCACGCCCAACUUUGGGUCCUGUGCACAGAGUGCCGUCGUUACGCGGCACCAUGAUCAGCUCGGAGAACCUGAGACCGGCCGGGAACGGACGGAAACCGCUCGGUAAACUCGCGUCCCGCCUGGAGGAGGUGAAGAACCCGUGGCGGCAGGUCGCCACGCUCGAGCUGAGCCACAACGAGGCGGCGCGGCUCGCGACGGACGCGCUACUGGAGCAAGGGGAGAAGGAGUACCGCCGCGUGCUCACCGAGGAGCGGGAACUCAACUUUCUGUCGCCGCUCGAGAUCCGCUACAUCACCGAGCAUGCCACCAAGGCGUGCGACGACAGCAACGGCACCGCCGGUUGCAACGAGCGGGACUUCGGGGACGGCGACGCGCUGUCGGAGCUCACCUCCGGGACCUACUUCCCCAUGAUGUCCGACGAGGAACCCCCGAUGCUGGAGCUGGGCUGGCCCGAGUCCCCGCUGAGGUACGGCCCGUCCGAGACGCAGAUCUAUUUCCAGAGAGACAAGUCCCACAACGUCAAGGACCUGGUCCGGUCGCUGAUCAACAAAGCCACCAAGGUGAUCGCCCUGGUGAUGGAUGUGUUCACCGACGUAGACCUGCUGUGUGACCUGAUGGAGGCGUCCAGUAAGCGCCGCGUCCCCGUCUACAUCCUGUUGGACCACAACAACCUGGACGCCUUCAGCGGCGCCUGCUCCGCCCUGGACCUCCAGAGCACCCACCUCUCUAACAUGCGUGUGCGCAGCGUGUGCGGGGACACCUACUGUACGAAGAGCGGCCGUAAGUUCACGGGUCAGGUCCAGGAGAAGUUCCUGAUCGUCGACUGUGAGGAGGUCAUCGCGGGGUCGUACAGCUUCACGUGGCUGUCGGCGCAGGUCCACUCCAACAUGGUCAUGCACUUCUCGGGCCGCAUCGCCGACAGCUUCGACCGGGAGUUCCGCUGCCUGUACGCCGACUCGCAGGUCAUCGAGUGCUUCAGCGGGCCGGAGGACGAGGGCCAGCCCUACUACACCUACCCCGUGGCGGCCCCGCCCGCCGGGGGGCCCGGCGGCACGGGGGUCGGCCCCGGCCUGGACGUCUUCGAGAGGCAGCGGGAGCGCGUCUGCUCGGAGAACUCCAGCAGCCAGUCCAGCAGCAGCGUCUCCAGCGUGAAGGCGUCGCCGGGGAUGAGCUCCAGCACCGUCUACAAGGUCACGCAGGGCGGGGACAAGGUCAGCCCCACCCCCCACGCCCCCGAGAGGAGGGGAGGGUCCGGGGAGAGGGAGCGAGGGGGAGGGGGCGGCGGCCUGACCCCGACGUUGCAGAACCACGGCCUCCAGGGAACCCGCACCACCACCCCCAACCGGGUGACCAACCAAAGCCCGCUCCCGGAGCGGACCACGCCCGGGUACGGCCCACCGGGCGGAAAGGACCGGCUCAAGUCCAGCCCGGCCGACUACCUGAGGCCCAACUUCAACCCCAACACCUCCAAGUUCCAGUCCAUGGGUCUGUACGACCACAAGCCCUCGGCCUAUCACAGCGCGGCCCUGCCCCCCGGCGCCGGCCCCGCCUCCAACGCCCACUCCCCGCCGCCCACCGCCAACGACGGCCGGCUGAUCGCGCGGCGGCCCUCCGCCAACCCGUUCCUCACCAAGCUCACGGACCUCUUCCUGCCGCCCUCCGGCAAGGACCGGGAGCCCGCCGCGGGGCGGCGCCCCUCCAGGGAGGAGGCCAUCCCCAGCUGGGGGGGUCCCGACCUGUCCCUCCCCCAGCCCGAGAGCCAGCAGAGCCCGCCCCCGCCGCCCCCCGCCGUCGCGGGCGGCGGGUUGAACCGCAGCGACGGCAAGAGGAUGACGCUGGGCCACAGCAAGCUGGACCUGGUGAACCACUACAACAAGCUCAAGUCCAAGCACGUGUACAGCCGCUUCGAGCUCAAGAACGGGAACUAGAGCCCCCGGGGGCGGACGGCUGGGGCUCCUCGGGGGGUGGGGGGGGGGGGGGGGACCGCUGAUCAAAUGAACACGACCCGGGUGGCGUGCGAACGGCAGGUCGACCAAUCACGUGAGCCCAUGUCGGGGAGACGGGAGGUGACGCACGACGUGGAUUAUUGAUUCCUGUGAAUGCGUCUUUUUCUACUGGUGGACCCAGAACACAGGUGUUCAGUGGUAUUGAUGAUUGAUACCUGGGGAGGCCUUUUCCGUGCCCGGCCCGACCCAGAGGUCUUCCAUCUCCGGGGGUCUUUUUGUCCCAGCUUCCAGCGAAGCCGGCGUUCCGGAGUUCCCUUUGUCUCCGAGCCAACGGGGAGGACGUAUGGUACACCCUACUGUACACCGUACUGUACACCGUACUGUACACCGUAGACCUAACAAAGCCCUGUUUACUGCUGUUGUCAACCUGCACAGACCACAGUUAACCUCCUUCCUAUGAUCACGGGGGGUAGAAUCCUCCAGCUAUCACAUGACCGCUCACGUGACCGGUCACGUGAGCUAUCAUGUGACCGUUCACGUGAGCUGUCACGUGAGCUGAGGUAUAAUAGUCCCCAGGUUCGUCAUGUUGUCCAAAACUGCCUCAAGGACCUUCUCUACAGAGGCGCUCAAGUUCUCUCGCUCGCUCGCAUUCCCUCUCUCGCUCACACUCUUUAUUGCUCUCUCUCUCUCUCGCUCUCUCUCUCUCUCUCUCUCUGUCUCGACCAUCCCUGUCUGUGUGCUAGCGACUCAUCCAUUUCCCACGGUGCCCCGACGGUUACGUUCUGUAGGAACGUUGGAUGUGGUGCAGAUUGCAUUCACUCAAUUCCUGAUAUCACUUGAUGUGAACACAGGCGAUCCUCUGUUCACGUUCUAGAUUCGACGAGAUAUUCAAAUACACAAACGCCCUCAUGGGAACCCAGUUCUCCCACAAUGCAUUAGUUGAGUUCAUACUUCCUGGCUUCAGAGAAGUCCUUACAUGCCGCUGUCGGUCUACUGCAGACCAGCUGAUCACCAGCCCUGAUUCAGUCUCUCGGACUAUGAAUACGUAUUCAUGUGUUCAUAACAUAUUCGACUGUGGCUUCCUCAAGAACUCCACGACAAUGGCCAGUGGAAUAGAGCAACGAUGGCUACAGUUACAGUUUAGCCGACAGUACUGCUCCCAGAGAUGAAUCCCUUCUCUGUUGGAGCAUGGUGCCUUUCCAACAGUUGACUGGAGAAUAAAAGUAGAACUGAACCAACUUAGUCACACCGGGCAAAUAUUUGACUUGUCAAAAUGAGAACAUUUGCAGUAUCAACCGAGGCGCUAAGUUGUGAAGAUCACGACAGCUAAUCGUCUGCUGUGUUUUCUAGCAUCUAUUGUUAUCUUUCUUUCUUUCAAAAAAAACAACAAAUGUUGAUAAAAAUUGUUUUAUACAACUAUGAAGUUUUUGAUACUGGAGAUAAACCUUCUUGUGGCCCUGUCGUGCAAGUGUACAUUAAUAACUACUGAAUUAGGGACUAAUGUAAAUAACUUGCCUGUGUAUACAAUGUUUUUUGUACAAAGUCUUUGCAUAAUGUGAAUGAAUACAGGUCUGAGCUGUUUGAGUAGGUCUUUGAGUUACCAGAAACUCUUCAAACACAUCCUCAACAACAUCCAUGAAACCGUCUUGUGAUUAACAUCCCGAGAUGACAGUAGUUCCUUGUGACCGUGUAGUUGUAAAUAUCACCUCUAGAUACUGUACCUUACAUACUGUACAUAGACAAAUGAACGCUGAUGCUUGGUUAUUGUGACAUGUGUUCGAGCUGGCAUUUAAUGUUACAAGGGGCUACUAUGAAAAUUUAUAACAGUGUUAAAACAUUUUCUAAGAUGCAAUAAAGAUACUUUUGAUCAGGUA